AUGGCCAGCAAAAGCAAAGACAUGCGAGAUCUCCCCAUCGACGAAUCCGUCACCUUUCGACCUACGAGGAUCCUCUAUCUUCGUACAUUGGCUGCGACGAACCAGCAUUCCGAAAUCCUCGAUCUCACAGCCCGGCUACAUGCGCUAUUCCACGAAGACAUUACGCCGGAGUUCCAGGAGUUGGCCCAAUCGACUCUGCGCGCGAACCCGGUCUUUCCACCAGUGUGGGCUAUCAACGGAGAAGCAAAGUUUGUGGCGUCGCAUCUCACUGUUGUUGAUACACCUUCAUCCACAGCAGAAAGAGAGCCUGGAAUGGAGACUAGUUCAUCCAUAGCUGAGAUCCGCACGCACCUCCUGAACUUCGGCACCGUGCAUAUCAUCUUCCCUGCAGGCUCGACGCACAGUGUGCACGAGAUCAAGGUUGAGCCGCUAUCGCAUCGCUCGCGCGCACAGAUGUUCACCAAGGACAGCGUGGCGUAUGUUUGGGAUACCUCGUCACACGCUCCAUCAUCUCGCGCAUCGGCGUCGGGUUUCUCCAAGGACUCCACGUUCUGGGGUAAGCCUAUGGCGUUGAGUGGGCGGCUGUCACUGUGCAAGGCUGUGGCGGGGAAGCGAUUCGAGGUUGGGCGCUAUGAGAGUGCGAGUGGAAAGUUUGAGCUGGGUGGCUUGCUGGUGGUGGACGAUCGAGAGGUUGAUAUACUUGUUGCUGCGUUGACACUUGUCGCGGUCCUCGGACAGAACGAUUCUUUUUUGGCACCAGGUCUGGAUUUGAAAGGCUGA